AUGGGUUCGUUGCAGAGACUGAAAUGGUCACAGUGCGAAAAUCUGCCUGACGGAUUAGGGCAGUUCGUUAAUUGUCAGGUUCUUCGGAACGGUCGUUUGGUGAAUGACCACCUCUGGACCAAAGGCGGCAAAAUCAUCGACCCUCGGCCAGUAUUCUUCGAAAGCAAGCAGUCUCCUGACUUCCAGGUGGACUGCGAUGGUUUGACCAUCGCCCCAGGGUUCAUCGACAUCCAGAUAAACGGUAUUCGCUUUCGUAGGUCUAAAUAUUCUUCUCUUUAG